GCGGGUGAGCGGGUGAGCGUGUGAGCUGGCGGGCGGGCAGGCGAGUGCGCCGGGUAUUGGCAGCCAAGGAGUGGAGGUUGGGCGGCUCCGACUCCCUGACGCCAGCGCGACCAGAUCAAUCCAGGCUCCAAGAGAGAGCAGGCGGGCGGGCGGAGAAAGGAGAGGCCGAGCGGCUCAAGCCGGGCCAAGGCUCGGGGAGGGACCCUGGGAGCGGAGCGCGGCGCAGCGCCCGGCCGGCCAGACCCGGGCCGCGGGACCCCGCUCGCCCGGCCACUCGUGCGCCCGCGCGGACUGGCGCGCCGCUAACCCGGUGCUGACUGGGUUACUUUUUUAAACACUAGGAAUGGUAAUUUUUACUUUUCUGGACUUCAAACUAAGAAAUUAAAGAGACUUCUCUGUAAAUAAACAAAUCUCUUCUGCUGUCUUUUUGCAUUUGAAGACGCCUUUAUUUCACUGUAUCCAAGGACUAUAUAACUAGUGCUGUCAUUAUGAAUGUGACAAGUUUAUUUUCCUUUACAAGUCCAGCUGUGAAGAGACUUCUUGGGUGGAAACAGGGCGAUGAAGAAGAAAAAUGGGCAGAGAAAGCUGUUGAUGCUUUGGUGAAAAAACUGAAGAAAAAAAAAGGUGCCAUGGAGGAACUGGAGAAGGCCUUGAGCUGCCCAGGGCAACCAAGUAACUGUGUCACCAUUCCCCGCUCUUUGGAUGGCAGGCUGCAAGUCUCCCACCGGAAGGGACUGCCUCAUGUCAUUUACUGCCGUGUAUGGCGCUGGCCCGAUCUUCAGAGCCACCAUGAACUAAAACCACUGGAAUGCUGUGAGUUUCCUUUUGGUUCCAAGCAGAAGGAGGUCUGCAUCAAUCCCUACCACUAUAAGCGAGUAGAAAGCCCUGUACUUCCUCCUGUGCUGGUUCCAAGACACAGCGAAUAUAAUCCUCAGCACAGCCUCUUAGCUCAGUUCCGUAACUUAGGACAAAAUGAGCCUCACAUGCCACUCAACGCCACUUUUCCAGAUUCUUUCCAGCAACCCAACAGCCACCCAUUUCCUCACUCUCCCAAUAGCAGUUACCCAAACUCUCCUGGGAGCAGCAGCAGCACCUACCCUCACUCUCCCACCAGCUCAGACCCAGGAAGUCCUUUCCAGAUGCCAGCUGAUACGCCCCCACCUGCUUACCUGCCUCCUGAAGACCCCAUGACCCAGGAUGGCUCUCAGCCGAUGGACACAAACAUGAUGGCGCCUCCCCUGCCCUCAGAAAUCAACAGAGGAGAUGUUCAGGCGGUUGCUUAUGAGGAACCAAAACACUGGUGCUCUAUUGUCUACUAUGAGCUCAACAAUCGUGUGGGUGAAGCGUUCCAUGCCUCCUCCACAAGUGUGUUGGUGGAUGGUUUCACUGAUCCUUCCAACAAUAAGAACCGUUUCUGCCUUGGGCUGCUCUCCAAUGUUAACCGGAAUUCCACUAUUGAAAACACCAGGCGGCAUAUUGGAAAAGGAGUUCAUCUUUAUUAUGUUGGAGGGGAGGUGUAUGCCGAAUGCCUUAGUGACAGUAGCAUCUUUGUGCAAAGUCGGAACUGCAACUACCAUCAUGGAUUUCAUCCUACUACUGUUUGCAAGAUCCCUAGUGGGUGUAGUCUGAAAAUUUUUAACAACCAAGAAUUUGCUCAGUUAUUGGCACAGUCUGUGAACCAUGGAUUUGAGACAGUCUAUGAGCUUACAAAAAUGUGUACUAUACGUAUGAGCUUUGUGAAGGGCUGGGGAGCAGAAUACCACCGCCAGGAUGUUACUAGCACCCCCUGCUGGAUUGAGAUACAUCUGCACGGCCCCCUCCAGUGGCUGGAUAAAGUUCUUACUCAAAUGGGUUCACCUCAUAAUCCUAUUUCAUCUGUGUCUUAAAUGGCCCCAGGCAUCUGCCUCUUGAAAACUAUUGAGCCUUGCAUGUACUUGAAGGAUGGAUGAGUCAGACACGAUUGAGAACUGACAAAGGAGCCUUGAUAAUACUUGACCUCUGUGACCAACUGUUGGAUUCAGAAAUUUAAACAACAAAACAAAACAAAAAAAACCACCUUGGUAGCAUACUGUUGAUAUCAAGAACCUGUUUAGUUUACAUCGUAACAUUCUAUUGUAAAAUCAAACUAAAAUGCAGACUUUUAGCAGGACUUUGUGUAUAGUUAAAGGAGAAAUGGCCAAGCCAGGGACAAAUUGUCUAUUAGAAAAUGGUCCUAAGAGAUUCUUUGGUGUUUGGCACUUUAAGGUCAUCGUUGGGCAGAAGUUUAGCAUUAAUAGUUGUUCUGAAACGUGUUUUAUCAGGUUUAGAGCCCAUGUUGAGUCUUCUUUUCAUGGGUUUUCAUAAUAUUUUAAAACUAUUUGUUUAGCGAUGGUUUUGUUUGUUUGUUUUAAGUAAAGGUUAGUCUUGAUGAUAUACAUAAUAAUCUUUCUAAAAUUGUAUACUGACCUUACUUGCUGUCAGAAUAAUGCUAGGCAUAUGCUCUUUGCUAAAUAUGUAUGUACAGAGUAUUUGGAAGUUAAGAAUUGAUUAGACUAGUGAAUUUAGGAGUAUUUGAGGUGGGUGGGGGGAAGAGGGAAAUGACAACUGCAAAUGUAGAUUAUACUGUAAAAAUUCAGUUUGUUGCUUUAAAGAAACAAACUGAUAUCUGAAUUUUGCUGUGUUUCUAUUUUUUAGAGAUUUUUAUCAUUUUUUUCUCUCUCUUUUGGCAUUCUUUUAUCUCAUGCUCUUCAAAAGGCAGUUCUGCAGCUGGUUAAUUCAUGUAACUGAGAACAAAUGAAUAAUUCCUGCUAUUCUGAAAUUGCCUACAUGUUUCAAUACCAGUUAUAUGGAGUGCUUGAAUUUAAUAAGCAGUUUUUACAGAGUUUACAGUACAGAAAUAGGCUUUAAUUUUCAAGUGAAUUUUUUGCCAAACUUAGUAACUCUGUUAAAUAUUUGGAGGAUUUAAAGAACAUCCCAGUUUGAAUUCAUUUCAAACUUUUUAAAUUUUUUUGUAUUAUGUUUGGUUUUAUUUUUCUUCUGUUAAUUUUUUGUAUUCACUUAUGCUCUCGUACAUUGAGUACUUUUAUUCCAAAACUAGUGGGUUUUCUCUACUGGAAAUUUUCAAUAAACCUGUCAUUGCUUA